GUGCUGGUAAAGGCUGGAGACAGAGUGACUGCAGGAGACCCGCUGAUGGUCAUGAUAGCCAUGAAGAUGGAGCACACCAUCCGGGCGCCCAAGUCAGGCGUGAUCAAGAAGGUUUUCUUCAGCGAGGGCUCUCAGGCCAAUCGCCACGCAGCUCUGGUUGAACUGGAGGAGGAGGAGGAGGAGGAGG